AUGGGCGAAAUCAACGGCGCCGGCUCCAACACCCCAAUCGGAGACCUUUCCAAUGCCUCGACCAGUCAAGUGCGCCCCGGUGGUGCUCCGGCGCGGGUAUAUUUGAACGAGAAGAUUGUGCCGCAUCUGCUCGAGGGAAUGAAGUCGGUUGCCAAAGAACAGCCUUCCAAUCCGCUGCGAGUACUUGGGGAGUUUCUGAUUCAGAAGAGCAAUGAAGUGGAAGGGGACUCGAAGAAAGAGUCAGAGUAA